UCAGCGCAGUGCACCCCAUCCAGACUCGGAAGUACAAACUGACAGACUCACUUCGCUUCAUGAGUUCAUGUAGUUUAGCUGGUUCAUAGCGUCACCAUACCAGAGACAGAAAACAGCUCGUUAAGAUGCUUUGGUUUGAAGGCUCAAUUCCUGAUGCCAUUACCUUGGCCAAACAGCGGAGUUCUGUCUUUGUCGUUGUCAUUACAGGGGAAGAUGAACAGUCAGCUCAGCUGAUGUCCAGCUGGGAAGAUGACAAAGUCUCAGAGGGAGCACAGAACUGUUGUGUGGCCAUCAAAGUCGAUGCCAAGAGUGAGCCCUGUGUGCUGUUCUCUCAGAUCUAUCCAGUGGUGUGCAUACCCUCUAGCUUCUUUAUCGGGGAGAAUGGGAUCCCUCUGGAAGUCAUUGCUGGCAGUGUGUCUGCUGAAGAACUGAUGAAAAGAAUCCAAAGAGUUAAGCAGAUGCACUCUCAGCAAAUUGCAGGUGGUACAGUAUUACCAAAGGCAAGUGGUCUCAUGGAGACUAGCCCGUUUGAUAGCACAGCUCCAGUCCCAGCCUCAGCUCCAACACUGCGCAUUAGGCCAGCAGCAGCCACAGAACCUGCAGCAGUACCAGGAACAGCGAAAGGUGAGAGAGCCUGGAUCACACACUCAUCCACAUCCCUCUCAAACACAGUAGAUGAUGGCAGCAUUUCAGACACAGUAACUCGUGCAGAGAAUGCAUCUUCAGAUCAUGCUUCUCAGAGUGAAGAAAAUCUGGAUGCUAAGGUGGAAAGGUUAACCAAGAAACUGGAGGAGAGACGAGAGCAAAGAAAGAGAGGAGAAGAAGAGAAUGAGAUCAAGAAGGAAAUAGAGCGGCGAAAGAUGGGGAGGGACGUGCAGGAUUUGAAGAGGCAACAGGAAGACGAGAAGACCAAGCGACUCUUGGAGGAAAGAAACAGGGAGAAGGCUGAAGAGAAGGCUGCCAGGGAGCGCGUAAAACAGCAGAUUGCCUUGGACCGAGCUGACAGAGCAUCCCGCUAUGCCAAAACCCAGGAGGAGGAGAAGACUGCCAAGCAGGCCCUACUGCAGGCCAGACAGGCCGAGCAGGAGGCCAGGAAGGAGGCCUUAGUCAGGGAAAGGAGUACCAUAGCAAGGAUACAGUUCCGCCUCCCAGACGGCACAUCCUUCACCAACCAGUUCCCCUCACAGAGCAGACUGCAGGAGGCUCUGCACUUCGCUGUUCAGGAAGUGGGCAACCGCUACGGCAACUUCUCCCUGGCGACCAUGUUCCCUCGGCGGGAGUUCACCAGUGAAGACCUGAACAAGACUCUGCUGGAGCUGGAACUGGCUCCAAGUGCUUCCAUUGUGAUUCUGCCACAGUCGGGCAGGCCUGCUAACACAGUGGUCCAGUCCUCUGAUGGUGGUAUCUGGGCACUUCUGGGCACAUUCCUCUACCCACUGCUGGCUGUAUGGAGAUUCCUCAGCUCCUUCCUGUUUGCAACCCCGCCCCCUCGUGGAGCAGCACCGAGAGGCCCUGGCCACCAGUCCAACUCUUACACCAACUCAACAUCAGCCUCCGACAAAGCAAAGAGAGAAACUCUCUCCAAGCACACUCUGGAGAAGCGGCCCAAGGACUUCAAGAAGGACGGUAAAAUCUGCAGGCUCAGGAAUCAGGAGGACAGCGAGGACGACAACAACACCUGGAACGGGAACUCCACCCAGCAGAUGUAGCGCAGUAACGGCAGCUCUUCUGGAGUGAUUAGUUCAGUAUGUCCAAUUCAAGGUUUUCUGCUGCACUCAGGGCUGAUCCCUUUAUUCUCUCCUUCUCGUACUGUGUUCCAGGCCUAUGCCCCUGACCCUCACCUGCAUGGCUAGAUUCAUAAUAAUCUACAGAACCUCCGUUGUGUUUAGGAUGAGGGUUUUUGUUUUGAUUACGACAUGAUUCUGUCUGCUAACCCAGGCUCAGGCGACACCAGCUUCCUUUCUUGUGUUUGUAGCUCAUAGUUGAUCAUUCUCAAAUCAAUCAGACAGGUUUAUAAUGACCUCAGUGGCCCUGGUUGUGUCAGCCACCAAAUUCUCUGAAAAGAGCAAAUAGACAGUAAACCAAGAGAUGUUGUAAUCUGAGCCUGGUUUCACAUUAAGUUAUGGAGUUUUGGAAAGGUUUACAUUUGAGAAGUGAUUGGUUGAUUGCCAGUGACUCAUGCAGAUUAAUGUAUAAAAUAUUUCAUCACACAGCUGGCUGAGGACUAUGUGUUUGUAGCUGUUGGAGUUCUACCAAGGUGGUGGCCACACACACACGCGCGCGCGGCAGUAUGUGUGUCUAUUAGUAGACAAUGGUUGACUACUGUAAUUCUCUUCAUCCAACAAUUUAAUUAAAGCAGCCUGUUUUUCAAAUAUCCCUUAAA